UUCAGUAGUAGGUUCGCUUUCAUUUUAAAUCCCAGUAUUAUGAAUUUUAAAUACGAUUCCUGUCCACCUUUGCCUUGGAUGGUGGACUUUCAUGCCACUGACACGGUUAAGGUGCAUAGCAAUCAGUUGGAGGCAGCGUAUGUUGCGAAAGAAUUGGAUCACUUGGCGUCCCUAAAUCCCGAUUCUGCAGCGGGACUUUGUAGAUGUACCAAAAUAUUCUGCACAAUUACCAGUAAUCAAACUUGCAAAAUGCUGGAAAAGCUGCUUAAAAGUGGGAUAAAUGGAAUAAGAGUUGCAUUCCCGAAAUUUGACAAGGACAAGGCUUCUGAUAUGGUAUCAAAAAUUAAAGGAAUGAACGCUGAUUAUAGUAAGAAUAUAGGUAGAAUUAAUCCCUUGGUGUUAUUAUUGCAACUGAAUGGGCCACAGUUCGUCCAGAGCGCUGAUGUAAGAGACGACGAAGAAGUUAGAGAAGAAUGCGUCGACAAACUUUUGAAAAUAAAAAGCUACCAACAUGAACCUGUAACAGAGACAAGCAUUGUAAACAAGUCUAAACUUCCAGAUUUACCAUCCAGAAAAGGUGAAGUUUUCUUUGACAAAAGAUGGGUUCCUUUGACGGCCAUUAAAGCUGCAGAAAGUGUUCUGGAAACUAUUGUGCAUAGAGGUCUUGAUAUCGCUCUAGAAAAUGAUGAAGAUCAGGAUGAAAUAGCUUCCCAAGAUGUCAGUGAAACGGAUAUUACAACACAAGAUAAAGAAUUGUUGAUUUUUGCUGUUGAGCAAAACAUGGAUUGUAUUAUUGUACCUGGUGUGUUACACAAUCAAACAAUUCGAGAUGUUAGGAGAGAAUUAAAUAAGGUGAAGGGUGGCCAUUUAUCUAUUAUUGCAAAAAUUGAUACAAUGAAAUCCCUUCAACAUGCAGAUGAAAUUAUCGCACGAGCUGAUGGUAUUCAUUUGGAUAGCGCCAAGUUAAUGAAAAUUAUACCUAAAGAAAAAAUAUUUUUAAUAGAGAAAUCGAUUAUUGCAAAAUGUAUUAAGAAUCACAGACUUAUCUAUGUAACUACUUCUACCAAUGACCGGAUCAAUAUAUGUAAGUCAGAAAUCUGCGACAUUGCCAAUAUUGUAAUGGAGUCAGUUGAUGGUUUUAUUAUACCAGAAAUGAUGACAACUCCAGAAACCGUUACGAAUGUACAUGGUGUCUGCCGUGAAGCUGAACCUGCUGUUUUCCAACGACAACUCAAUGAGGAUUUAACUGAAAGUAUAACCUUAACAGAGCCGAUUUAUGGCGUUGCCAUAUCGGUCAUAAGUCUAUCUCUCAAAUGCGAAGCAGCAGCUAUUAUUUGUACCACUUCUUCAGGAAGAACGGCCCAACUUUUAUCAAUGUUUCGGCCACGCUGUCCAAUUAUUGCAGUCACCAAACAUAAAAGAGUUGCUAGAAAAUUGUCCUUGUUCCGAGGCUGUGAACCUUUAAUACAACUGAACGAUUACGGAGGCGAAUGGCAACAAGUACAAGACAAAAGGCUACAGUUGGGUGUUACGUUUGGAAAAUUAAUGGGUUUCAUUCGGGGUGACGAUGUAAUAGUUACCUUGAGUCCGACAAGACCUGACAGUGGCUUCACUAAUUCCGUGCGAGUGUUCUACGCUUCGUUUUUCGAUGAUAUUUCCAAGUAGUUCGUAAAUGCUGCUAUUCAAAUUAUAAAUUAGAAAUGAAUAUACGUAUUAUGUGUUUGGUAA